AUGAGGAAGAAAUCUAAUCAAAAAAAAGAGAAAAAAGAAGUUCCUCCCUUAGAAAAAGAUAGUGAUUCUCCAAGUGAAGAAGAAACUCCUCUUCUUACUUCUCAAGAAUCAUCAACACCAAAGGAUAAUAAUAAAGAUAAAAACGUUUAUGA